GGGAGAGCAAAAGAAGGAAAAGAUCCAAGAAAAAAAAAAAAACCAACCACACACCAACGGCAGCAGGACUGGGCACAGCAUGAGAUCCAAAGGCAGGGCAAGGAAACUGGCCACAAGUAAUGAGUGUGUUUAUGGCAGCUACCCUGAAAUUCCUUUGGAAGAGAUGCCAGAUGCAGAUGGAGUAGCCAGCACUCCUUCCCUAAAUAUUCAAGAGCCAUGCUCUCCAGCAACAUCCAGCGAAGCCUUCACUCCAAAGGAGGGCUCUCCAUACAAAGCGCCCAUCUACAUCCCUGAUGAUAUUCCCAUUCCUGCUGAAUUUGAACUUCGAGAGUCAAAUAUGCCUGGAGCGGGACUAGGAAUAUGGACCAAAAGGAAGAUUGAAGCAGGUGAAAAGUUUGGGCCUUAUGUAGGAGAGCAGAGGACAAACCUGAAAGACCCCAGUUAUGGAUGGGAGAUCUUAGAUGAGUUUUGCAAUGUGAAGUUCUGCAUAGAUGCUAGUCAACCAGAUGUAGGAAGCUGGCUUAAGUACAUCAGGUUCGCUGGCUGUUAUGAUCAGCACAACCUCGUUGCAUGCCAGAUAAAUGAUCAGAUAUUUUAUAGAGUAGUCACAGACAUCGCGCCAGGAGAGGAACUCCUGCUGUUCAUGAAGAGUGAAGAUUAUCCUCAUGAAACGAUGGCUCCGGAUAUCCACGAAGAACGGCAAUAUCGCUGUGAAGACUGUGAUCAGAUUUUUGAAUCCAAGGCUGAACUAGCAGAUCACCAAAAGUUCCCGUGCAGUACCCCUCACUCAGCAUUUUCGAUGGUGGAAGAGGACUUUCAGCAAAAACUUGAAAGCGAAAAUGAUCUCCAAGAGAUACAUACAAUCCAGGAGUGUAAGGAAUGUGACCAAGUUUUUCCUGAUUUGCAAAGUCUGGAGAAACACAUGUUGUCACAUACUGAAGAAAGGGAAUACAAGUGUGAUCAGUGUCCCAAGGCAUUUAACUGGAAGUCCAAUUUAAUUCGCCACCAGAUGUCACAUGACAGUGGAAAGCACUAUGAAUGUGAAAACUGUGCCAAGGUUUUCACGGACCCUAGCAACCUUCAGCGGCACAUUCGCUCUCAGCAUGUUGGUGCCCGGGCCCACGCUUGCCCGGAGUGUGGCAAAACAUUUGCCACUUCGUCGGGCCUCAAACAACACAAGCACAUCCACAGCAGUGUGAAGCCCUUUAUCUGUGAGGUCUGCCAUAAAUCCUAUACUCAAUUUUCAAACCUUUGUCGUCAUAAGCGCAUGCAUGCUGAUUGCAGAACCCAAAUCAAGUGCAAAGACUGUGGACAAAUGUUCAGCACUACGUCUUCCUUAAAUAAACACAGGAGGUUUUGUGAGGGCAAGAACCAUUUUGCGGCAGGUGGAUUUUUUGGCCAAGGCAUUUCACUUCCUGGAACCCCAGCUAUGGAUAAAACGUCCAUGGUUAAUAUGAGUCAUGCCAACCCGGGCCUUGCUGACUAUUUUGGUGCCAAUAGGCAUCCUGCUGGUCUUACCUUUCCAACAGCUCCUGGAUUUUCUUUUAGCUUCCCUGGUCUGUUUCCUUCCGGCUUGUACCACAGGCCUCCUUUGAUACCUGCUAGUUCUCCUGUUAAAGGACUAUCAAGUACUGAACAGACAAACAAAAGUCAAAGUCCCCUCAUGACACAUCCUCAGAUACUGCCAGCUACACAGGAUAUUUUGAAGGCACUAUCUAAACACCCACCUGUAGGGGACAAUAAGCCAGUGGAGCUCCAGCCCGAGAGGUCCUCUGAAGAGAGGCCCCUUGAGAAAAUCAGUGACCAGUCAGAGAGUAGUGACCUUGAUGAUGUCAGUACACCAAGUGGCAGUGACCUGGAAACAACCUCGGGCUCUGAUCUGGAAAGUGACAUUGAAAGUGAUAAAGAGAAAUUUAAAGAAAAUGGUAAAAUGUUCAAAGACAAAGUAAGCCCUCUUCAGAAUCUGGCUUCAAUACAUAAUAAGAAAGAAUACAGCAAUCAUUCCAUUUUCUCACCAUCUUUAGAGGAGCAAACUGCCGUGUCAGGAGCUGUGAAUGAUUCUAUAAAGGCUAUUGCUUCUAUUGCUGAAAAAUACUUUGGUUCAACAGGACUGGUGGGGCUGCAAGACAAAAAAGUUGGAGCUUUACCUUACCCUUCCAUGUUUCCCCUCCCAUUUUUUCCAGCAUUCUCUCAAUCAAUGUACCCAUUUCCUGAUAGAGACUUGAGAUCGUUACCUUUGAAAAUGGAACCCCAAUCACCAAGUGAAGUAAAGAAACUGCAGAAGGGAAGCUCUGAGUCUCCCUUUGAUCUCACCACUAAGCGAAAGGAUGAGAAGCCCUUGACUCCUGUCCCCUCCAAGCCUCCAGCCACACCUGCCACAAGCCAAGACCAACCCCUGGAUCUAAGCAUGGGCAGUAGGAGUAGAGCCAGUGGCACAAAGCUGAGCGAGCCUCGAAAAAAUCACGUGUUUGGGGAAAAGAAAGGAAGCAACAUUGAAACAAGAUCAGCGUCGGAUGGUUCCUUGCAGCAUGCAAGACCCACCCCUUUCUUUAUGGAUCCCAUUUACAGAGUAGAGAAAAGAAAGCUAACUGAUCCACUUGAAGCUUUAAAAGAGAAAUACUUGAGACCUUCUCCAGGAUUCUUAUUUCAUCCACAAAUGUCAGCUAUUGAAAAUAUGGCAGAGAAGCUCGAAAGCUUCAGUGCUCUGAAACCUGAGGCCAGUGAACUUCUACAGUCAGUUCCUUCCAUGUUUAACUUCAGAGCACCUCCCAACGCCCUGCCAGAGAACCUCCUGCGGAAAGGAAAAGAACGCUAUACCUGCAGAUACUGUGGCAAGAUUUUUCCAAGGUCUGCAAACCUAACACGGCACUUGAGAACCCAUACAGGAGAGCAGCCUUACAGAUGCAAAUACUGUGACAGAUCAUUUAGCAUAUCUUCCAACUUGCAAAGGCACGUUCGCAACAUCCACAAUAAGGAGAAGCCUUUUAAGUGUCACUUAUGUGACAGGUGUUUUGGUCAGCAAACCAACUUAGAUAGACACCUAAAGAAACAUGAGAAUGGGAACAUGUCUGGUACGGCUACAUCGUCUCCUCAUUCUGAACUGGAAAGUACAGGUGCGAUUCUUGAUGACAAGGAAGAUGCUUACUUUACAGAAAUCCGAAAUUUCAUUGGGAACAGCAACCACAGCAGCCAGUCUCCCAGAAACACAGAGGAGAGAAUGAACGGCAGUCACUUUAAGGAUGAAAAGGCUCUGGUAACCAGCCAAAGUUCAGAUUUACUGGAUGAUGAAGAAGUAGAAGAUGAGGUGCUGUUAGAUGAGGAAGAUGAAGACAAUGACAUUACUGGGAAAACAGGAAAGGAGCCAGUGGCAAGUAAUUUACAUGAAGGAAACCCCGAGGAUGACUAUGAAGAAGCCAGUGCCCUAGAGAUGAGUUGCAAGACUUCGCCCAUGAGGUAUAAAGAGGAAGAAUAUAAAACUGGACUUUCUGCUUUAGAUCACAUAAGACACUUCACAGAUAGCCUCAAAAUGAGGAAAAUGGAAGAUAAUCAGUAUACUGAAGCCGAGCUGUCUUCUUUUAGUACUUCCCAUGUGCCGGAGGAACUUAAACAGCCGUUACACAGAAAGUCCAAAUCACAGGCCUACGCCAUGAUGUUGUCACUGUCCGACAAGGAGUCCCUCCAUUCUGCUUCCCACAGCUCUUCUGACGUGUGGCACAGUAUGGCAAGGGCUGCAGCGGAAUCAAGUGCCAUCCAGUCCAUAAGCCACGUAUGACAUUACCAAGGUUGACCAGAAUGGGACCAAGUCCAGCAGUAACAUGGCUCUAGGACUAUUUAAAAGACUGCUGAGCAGAAUGCCUUAGAAACCUGAAGGGUCACUCAUUUAAAGUCUGGUGACCUUAAACUGAAUGAUU